AUGAGGACGAAGGAGAUCCUAAAAAAACUCUCGAGGAGGAAAAGAGGCAGACUCAAUGAUGGGGGGACAACGGACACUCCCUCAUCUGAGGACACUCCUUCAGCGGAGAACGAUAUCUCAGCAGAAGAGGACCCUAUCUCAGAGUCAGCGGAGGACGCCUCCGAGCCCCAGGGGCCUGUGGAAAUUGUGUGGCCGACCUUUAACCGUCCUUGUCGUGUUUAUUCUGGGGUUAUCCCGUGCGAAUCGGAUCCCAUGGUCCGCAGAACCCUCUGCGAGAGGAUCAAAAUUACCGUUGGCGGCGGCGGGAGCGGUGGAGGCGGACAUGGACAGCAGCAGCAACAACAGGGACAAUAUUCAGGCCCGGCAACAACAACAACAACAACCUCAAGGCCAACAAAAGUUUUCUUCCUCCACAAACGGCUCCUCUGCGAAUACUCAGAAUACUUCAGCACCGCCCUCAGCCCACGUAACCGCGAUGUCUUCAUCGAGGCCGAAACAGGCCACUUUGUCUUUGACGACGACGUCGACGACCCAGAUGACUUUUACCGCUGGGCCGUCUGGCUGUACGUUUGCAGCGGGUGCAAGCUCUCUCCUGUUUACGAGUUCCAGCACGAUCACCGGUGUAGGCCUUCAAGGCUGGAGGAGUCCAGUGAGUCUGCCUCGGAGUCGUCAUCAGAGUCGGCUGCUGCUGGGGAAGGGGAAGGGGAAUACCUCUCAUACGAGACCUACGGACCCUACGGACUGCCCAAGCCCCCUCUUUGCAUGUCCCUCUCCGAUCAUAUCGAAGUCGGCUGCCACCACUGGCAUAGGCGAUUUGACGUCAUCGCUGAAGAAGAAGAAGAAGGAGACGAUGCCCGCCAUGGCGGCGGCCCCGAGGAUGAAGACCUACUCCGCGGCAACUGCUACGGAGACGGGAGAAGUUUGUCGUCGACGGUCACGGGAUGGUUCUGCGCCAGGAACAGCAGCAGCAGCAGCAGCGGCACUGGACAAGGUUCCAAGGGUGUCACCACCAGCGAAAACAGUGCCAACGCCGUCAUCAGCGACCCCAACGCGCCCCUAGAAGCAGCAGCCGCUUAUAUGUUCGGAUACCGCAUCCUGUCGCGAGAGUACAGGCUGUUUGCCCUCGCCCACUUCAUCCAGCACGUUGACGUGCUUACGGACGGGUACAAGGACGAGCUCAGGAACCUGCUGUACGAGGUGUUUCCCGUGGGGAGCGAAGCUCAUCGGUUCUUGAGCGCGUGGGUUGCUUGGCUGAGAUUCAAGAAGCGCCUACCCCUUGACGACGACCGAUUCGAUCCUUCUGUUAUCGAUUACGAGGAAGGCGAUUUAGAGACGGCCGCGUUCUGGAAGAUGUUUGACAGGGUCGGGAGCCGGGCGGGGUCGGCGGACCCGCGUCGAUAUCCCUUGUUUCAUUGGGAACAAGAUUGCAGUAAGGAAAUGCCGGGUCAUGUAGACUGCGUCCACAUACAAUCUCUGAAGUGGCACGGCUCGUCUGGGGAGGUUACUGGGUCAAUAGCACCGAAUCCGGCCACGAACACGAUGACAGGCCAGUCCUCGACCAGGUCUCUAACCGCCGAAGAGAGGUGGGAUAUUUUCUUUCGUCUGUCGAAAGCCGUUGUCUUGUUUUGGGCAUAUGUCCUCUGGUGGUUGGCCCCAGUCCUCAUACUUUUCUUUGCCGCGGACAGUUUUGCCCAGGAUACGCAUCACCUGAUUGAGCUCUAUGGCAAAAUUCUCGGAAUAGUUUUCGCCGUCCAGGCGCCUUUAGCGGCGUGGUACAGGUACCUGGGAUGGGAGUGGUUGAUGGGGUUAACGAUGCUGCUUGGAAUACCAAAAGCGUGUGGGUCGUUCCUGUGGGCUAAGCACUACCGUGCAGAGAAGAGGUCGGCCUUGGGGUUUUUGAGUUGCUGUUCGUCGGAUCUCUUUUUUGGGUAUUGCUGA